CAACCCCACCAAACACCAAGUGGCAGCGAAAAAAGAGGGACACUACAGCUUCCUAGCAGGCAUACCCAGUGGAGGAGCAGUGGAUCAGGAGGAUGUCGGAGCAGCAAAGUGCCCCGGAGCAGCUAGCUGCUGGGAAGAGCCAGGGUGGAGCUGGAGCCACAUACAAGGUGGUGCUGUUUGAGUUUGAAAAUUUUCAGGGCUGCAAGGCAGAGUUUUCUGCAGAGUGUAAAGAUGUGACAGAGAAGGGACUGCAGAAGGUCAGCUCUGUGAUUGUUGAGUCAGGACCCUGGGUGGGUUAUGAUCGGCAUGGGUUCACAGGGGAGCAGUUUAUUCUGGAGAAAGGAGAGUAUCCACGCUGGGACACCUGGACCAACAGUCAGAACAGCUACUCCCUCUUGUCUCUAAGGCCACUCAAAGUGGAUGGUGCUGAACACAAGCUGCACCUGUAUGAGAAUCCAAGUUUUACUGGCAGAAAGAUGGAGAUCGUUGACGAUGAUGUGCCCAGUUUGUGGGGCCAUGGUUUUCAGGACCGUGUAGCAAGCAUCAAAGCUCUCAAUGGAACAUGGGUUGGCUACAUGUACCCAGGCUACAGGGGUCGGCAGUUUGUCUUUGAGCGAGGAGAUUUCAAGCAUUGGAAUGACUGGGAGGCCCCCGCUCCCCAGAUCCAGUCUGUCCGACGUGUGCGAGACAUGCAGUGGCACAAGAGGGGCUGUUUCAUCGUUCCCGAUCCAGCUCCGGCUCCUGAUCCCGACCCUGCCCCAGCACCUCCUGCCCCUCCUGCUACAGCUGGAGCCAGCUGAGCAGGACCCUCGCCUGCCUCCCACAGCCUUCCCCACGCUGCCGACAGUGCCUGCCCUCUGCCUUAACCUAACCACGGCAAACGCUGCUUGUGCCCAGUGAGGAGUGCCAUGUAUGUAUCAGUGGCGAAUAAAAGUUGUUUGACCUGGAGUUUAUUGGUGAUGUUGUACUUCAAGUCAAGGUGGAGAUGGCUUUAACUAAAGGUUUGGAAACAAAAUAAAAACACUAUCAGAGAUGUCACACUGACAUCUAUGUGGAGAUAAUGCAGCCUACAUCUGGCAGAUAGUUUUCCUCGAGAUAAGCUGCAGAUGUGUGCCGCUUUCAUUGCAUGUGUUUUCCUAUUCUAGUCAGACAGCUGAAAACCUCAUCGAGCAUUAGGAACACAUGACUUAUUCAAUGCAUAUGUGGAUACGCGUUUGCCUAACAGAAAUGGAAAUGAUGUCAUGCUGUAUGUAUGCUUGCUAUUAAAACAGAGUGCGCUGCA